AUGCUGUAUAUAGCUUUCUUUUGUAUAACGUUUGCGCUGUAUUGGACAUGGUGGCAUCGAAAAACAAAGUCUAAACUGGAACCACCCACACUUUCUGGAGCAUUGCCGUUGAUCGGACAUGCACAUAUUUUUAUGGGAGAUACUGUUUAUCUCUGGAAUAAUGUAAAAGAAAUGUCAUAUAGUAGCUUAAAAGCGGGUGGAGUAGCAAAAAUAUCAAUUGGACCUCAGACCACAUACGUGUUAACAGAUCCCGAAGACUGCUUGACUGUGGCUAACGCUUGUUUACAGAAGGACAUUAUAUAUGAAUUUGCUAAACCCUGGCUAGGAGAGGGUCUUUUAACCGGAAAAGAAUCAAUAUGGAAGCGUCAUCGAAAACUGUUAAACCCAGCUUUUAAUCAGCUGGUGUUGGAUGGAUAUCAGAAGGUUUUUAACAGCCAGUCCAGACGCCUUGUAAAAGAUUUAGAGGUCGAGGUGGGAAAAGGCCCUUUUGACCAUUUAGUUUACACGCUACGUAAUUCCCUGGAAACUGUUUGUUUAACUACCAUGGGAGUUGAUUUGUGCGAUAACAACGUUAUGAAUAGCCAUUACUUGCAAGCAAUGAAGCAGAUCUUAGGCAAUAUGAUGGAAAGACUUCAAACGUUCUGGCUGCACAAUAAUUUUAUCUACAGCUGGUCAACUUUAAAGAAGAAAGAAGAUCAGUGUUUAAGAACAUUGCACAAUAUGUCUAAUAAGGUAUUGCAAGAACGUAAGGCAGCGUACUUAAAUAAUAAGAAGAAUGGAUUAGAAGCUUCAAGUGGUACCAAAUUUAAGGCAUUCUUAGAUCUUCUUUUGGAAUUAUCGAUCGAAGCGGGAGCUCUUAAUGAUUUAGAAAUAAGAGAGGAAGUAGAUACAAUGAUUGCUGCCGGAUUUGAUACCACGGCGACCGUACUUAUGUUUACAUUAGUUUUAAUAGGAUCCUAUCCAAAAGUACAAGAGCUAAUAUUUGAAGAAUUACAUAAUGUCUUCGGAGAGGACGACAGGGACGUCACUAAACAAGAUUUAUGUCGCUUAAUAUAUUUAGAAGCUGUUUUGAAGGAAUCCAUGCGCUUUUAUUCAAUAGUUCCAGUGACAGCGAGAAGACUUGAUAAAAAUGUGAAGCUGAAGAAUUAUACACUUACAGCUGGUCGGACAUGUUUUUUCUUAAUUUAUGGUAUCCACCGUCAUCCAAUGUGGGGAAAUGACGCUGUAGAAUUCAAACCAGAACGAUGGCUAGAUACUGCGACUUUACCUUCUUGCCCCACUGCUUUUGCUGCUUUUAGCAUGGGAAAGAGAGUUUGUAUCGGAAAACAAUUCGCUUUAAUGUCGAUGAAGACUACACUAGCUCACGUACUACGGCAUUAUCGCGUGAAAGGAGAUCAUACCAAGAUGAAGUUGAAGCUUGAUGUUGUGCUGACAUCAACAUGUGGUCACAACAUUUCUAUAGAGAGGAGAAAAUAA